AUGCACUUGUUGUGCAUUACGCUGGUUGUGCGCGCUUAUAUACAUAUAUAAACAUUUCUGCAGAAACAGCUUGUAAUUAUGGAUUUGAGUGUAAUGGAUCCACUUAAUUUCAGCCGGAAAUGGUUAUGCAAUCUCCAUAAGAUUUAUUAUGCGCCCGUUUACUGAUGCGUAGAUGGACAACAUUUUCUCCUUUUAUACUAGUAUCUUCAGCUAGCGUAUGGUUGGAAUUUCAUAAUCUUUGCUCCUUUAACUUCGAUUCACGUUCAAAAAAGUUUUGGUGAUCCCCUUCCGAUUAAACCUUAUUUCCCAAAAGUGUGCUAUUUAUUACCGGCUUAUUGUCUUGUAACUUUGAUGACAUACACAUUUGCGAAUAGCAAGGAUGAAUACGAAUAAUUUCAUAAACCAAAGCGCGUUAUAUGCUUCGGCGCCGAUUAUCAUUAACCAAGCUCUCAAUGUAGCGGAUGCCGAUUCCUGGCGCGCUGCCGUCGCCGGCUCAGGAAGCUACACCAAAGAUCAGCUGCGCCUGUCGUAUACCUUCUACGUGGUGGCCUAUUUCACCCUGCUCAUAUCCUGCAACGUCGGGAAUUUCCUCAACUUGAUGGUGAUAUUCUCUUACAAGCGGAAAUCCUCGGUGCACUGCUACAUGUUUACUGCCGCCAUUGCCAACCUAACCAUACUAUGGUCUGCCUUCCCGGUAUUCCUAUGGAACAUGAGCUCCACGUUUAAAUUACCGUAUUAUACACCGGAAAACCGUGUCGUUACCCUUAACCUUCGCGGCCCCGCCUUGUGGCUACAAGAGACGAGCAUCCAUCUUGCCGACUGGAUCCUGGUCGUCUUCUCGCUGGAACGUCUCUUAGUCAUUAUCAGACCCUUCCGCUUCGAACGGCUCCAGCAUCUGUGUGUUGCGCGUGUGGUGGUGAUUAUACUGAUUAUCUCGUCGGGACUGUUCCGCCUGUAUGAUCUCGUCUCCAAUGUCUACUGCUCCAAGAACGAUGCGGCGAAAAUUACCUGUCCCCGCCCGCAAUGGCUAUUGGAUUGGAAGUCUUUGCAGGAUCCGGCUGAUGUGUGCAUGAGCUUGUUAAUCUUCUUCCUGAUCACCACGGAGAACAUCGUGCUAAUGGGCUUCAUCAGCCGCAAACAGCACUCCGACAUAGCCAAAAUGCGGCAGGACCAGUUUGUCCGCUCCGGUUCCAACGCGGCCCGCCACCGCUACAGCAACCUGGUGCUGAUCAGCAGCUCCAUGUUGUUCCUGGUGACCCGGAUCCCUAGCAUCGUGUACCAUAGCCUGAUUAUCGCCGAUGACCACCACCUGUAUGACUUCCAACCAUCGGCCCAACAGUUCGCUGCGCCCUUCGUCAAUGUGUCGCUGUAUGCCAAUUACUCCCUGACCUUCCUGCUGUUCUUCACCACCCACAAACAAUUUCGUAAACGCUUUCUCGGUCUGGUUCGAUCCUGGCGAGAAGCGAUGGUGUGGCAGCUCAACGGGCGCCGCGAUUCGGAUAGCAGCACGACGAGUUGGUAUCGCCGGCGGACCAGUACGUUCUCCUCGCAUUUCGCGCACUUUGGGAGUAGGAAAAUGCGGAAAGACAUUGCGGACUUAAUUUCCUUACGGCACAUAGCAUCCUGAAUUAUAAUUUAGUCUGGGUUACCUCGCAAUUAAUGAACUAUCUAACUCAGCAUGCAACGCAAUUUGUAGGAGAU